CAAGAAGAAUAGUCUUGCUGAUGCAUACGUCGACAGCAGUGUCGUUUUCGAUUGUGCCCGUGAUUUGAGAGACAUAAAUGGACAUCUCUCGCCCUAGCUACACAUACACCACCACCACCAGCACGCCUAUCAAAAUACACAAAGUUUUUCAUAUCCUGCUGUUUUGUCUAAUGGGAGUCCUAUGCCUGGUUUUGAGAAUCAGAGCUCUCACGGGACGAAACAGCGAUAUCUGGAAAACAUCUUGCAUUCCCACAGGCAUAGGAGAAGGAGGUCAUGGCGAGCUGAAAUAACGCAGUUUGAACAGAUCGAUUGCACAAUAUAAGAAAGAAUAACAUAAUCAUGGGUAUCUCAUCUCAUA